AUGUCGUCGUUUUUUACAGUACCCGCUUCCCAGAAAAAACGAAAGAGGGAGGACCGCGCCGCAGCUCCGGGGUCAAAAAAGCGAGGUGUUGAUGCAAAUGGCGAUUCCGGCGCUAAGGGUCAAGGCGCAAGACAACAGAGAGACGAGUCCGUCUCGGGGAGCGACAUUGAUGAUGAUGAGGCCAACGCGGCAUCAGUGUCCGAGGAGGAGAGUGGCUCGGACGACGAAGGCGAGACGGCCGGCGAACGGAGGUUGAAGCUUGCGGAACGAUAUUUGGAGAAUGUCCGGGAUGAAGUGGAUGAGGUUGGCUUCGAUGCAGCUGAGAUUGACCGGGAUUUGAUUGCGGAGAGGUUAAAAGAGGAUGUGGAUGAAUUCAAAGGGCGAGGAUAUCGCCAGAUUGCUUCAGAUUUGGCAUUUUCGUCAGCAUCUCACUCGUUCUUCCGUGCCGAUACUCAGUCGACUACCUCUAUUGCCAUCCAUUCGCCGUUUGUAUACACCGUUUCCAAAGAUAAGACCUUGAUUAAAUGGGAACUCGCUACUCCCGAAAGCCCUACAAUCCCGUCGGAAAAUUCGAAACGACCCCCAAGGCCGCAGCGAAAGAAGCCCAAGAAAGUGAAGUACGUCCGAGGUGUACAAAAGGUGGAGGAGACCGGUGAAGACCAAGGCCAUACGAAGAGCAUCCUGUCGCUUGCUGUGUCGCCAUCAGGGAAGUUUUUGGCUACCGGUGGAGAGGACAAUAAAUUGAUCAUCUGGGACGCAGCGACGUUGACACCGUUGAAGACAUUUACGCAACACCGCGACACCGUUAGUGGACUUGCCUUUGCCCGGCACAUUUCCACCAUGAGCUCGGGCGAACAGUUGUUCUCUGGAUCGUAUGACCGUACAAUCAAGACAUGGUCUGUGAGCAGUGCUGGACAUGCUUAUGUGGAAACUCUUUUUGGUCACCAAGACAAUGUAUCUUCGCUGGCGGCCAUGACCAUCGACCAGUGCAUCAGUGUCGGCGCCCGGGACCGCACUGCUCGACUGUGGAAGGUGGUGGAAGAAGCACAGCUCGUCUUCCGCGGUGGAGCUUCCAGAAAUGCGGCAUAUCAUGAGAACAAUCUGGACUGCAUUGCCCCUCUCCCACCCAGCCAUUUUGUCACUGGCUCCGACUCAGGGUCUUUGGCCCUGUGGUCCAUCCACAAAAAGAAGCCGCUACAUGUCAUCCCUCUCGCUCACGGCCUCGACCCUAUACCUCCUCUCGAAGAUCUCUCACCGGAACUCGAUCAGCAAACAGCUGCAACCAACUCUCGAUACCUCCGCCCCAUGCCCCGCUGGAUUACCGCCCUGACUACUGUCCCUGGCACAGAUAUCGUUCUCAGCGGUAGCUGGGACGGCUGGAUCCGAGCGUGGAAAAUUUCAGAAGACAAGAGGGUCAUCCUCCCGCUGGGCACAGUCGGAGGCAGCGCCUCCUCGGAACCCGAUACCCCCUCUUUCCAACUGAAACAGAAUCUCGCAUUCGAUGCCACGACCGAGGACGACAACAUGGCAGUUGAUAACGCCCCCGUAUCGCAGUCAAGUGCCGCGAAGGAAGCCGAACCGCUCAUCAAGGGCGUCAUCAACGACAUUGCCGUCUUCGAACGCCGGGGUGACACCGCCAGACCAGACCAACCUCUCGAGUCGAAAUCCAAGUCCAAGUCGAAGGAACCCGAGACAAAAGGCCUGUGUAUUGUCGCUGCCAUCGGGAAAGAACACCGGCUCGGCCGCUGGAAAUGCUACAACAACAAUUUCCAGGAUGGUCCUACUCCUGAAGGCCGGAAUGGUGCUGUGGUGUUUGAAGUUCCGUUCACGGCUUUCCAGACGAAGAAGGCCUCUUCGUAG